UAAAAUGAAUUCAAGAGGCACGGAAAUCAAGAGGUCACCUACUUGGCCUCUGCAUUUAUAUCCAGCAAUUAAUCAUGCCAAAAUUAAAUCACGAAGAGAUACGCUGACAUCAGAGAAAUCCCUAAAUAUAGUACCAACAGAACACAGGUCCGCUAAAUCAUGGACAAAUAGGCCUAAAACCUUAACUUGUUCACAAGAUUCACGCGUUCUGCGCAUUAUAAACGACAUUAUAGAUCUGAUAGAAGGAAAUGCAUCUAGCGUAAACAGGAUUAAGCCCAAUAAUAUAGACCAACGAAACGAUGAUAAAAAUGCAACAUCAAAUCUGAGUAGCCUGUUAACUACACGACUGCAGGAAAUAGAAGCUUUGCGACUAAAUAAGCAUGCCACCAAAUCACUACAAGAUGAGAAAUGCACAAAACUAAAACAUGCACCUUCAGAUUUACAUAGACUAAAGACAUGUGAUACAUUAGAAGUAUCCCAUUCUGAUUCGGAUGGACCCUACCUGGAUGAUCAUGAAUUCGAUAUUAUGAUAACAACUCCAUCGACAUAUAGCACGUUGUCUAAACGACCUGUAUUAAACAUUGCCCAUGCCAAAUUAGAUGUCCCACUUAUUAAGGAAGCUGCUAAACGGUUGAGGUGGGACGUAUGUGAGUCAAAUAUAAGUGGUGAUAUUUUCUGGUUUGCUAACUGCCUCACUGAAGCCACAAUCAAGGAACAUUGUAAAUCCCUAUUUGGAAUCACGUACAAUAAAGUAUCACUAAACAGAUUCCCAGAUAUCCAAGGUGGUGCUAGAAAGACAUUAUUCGCUUGCCUGACACAUAUUUAUGAGAAGUACACAAAAGAUGAUCCAUAUCUAUAUAGUCCAGCAAACUGCCCUAAAACAUAUGUAUUCCCACGCGGAUAUGAAAGCGUUACACGAAUGUUAAAGUCAGACAUACCCAUGAUUCUUAAGCCGUCAGCGGGAUCAAUGGGUAGUGGUAUAAAAGUCAUUACGAAUCCAGAACAGAUACCACAGGCUGUUGCCCAUGGAAGUAAUUAUGUUUGCCAGGUUUAUAUCGAUAGGCCAAUGCUGCUAGAAGGCUGUAAAUUCGAUUUUCGAAUAUAUGUACUCAUCACUAAUAUUGGAGGGGGAUUCCGAGCCCUGCUGUCUACACUGGGAAUUGCACGAAAAUGUACACAACCAUAUCAACGUCCCGAUAAAGAAAAUUGUCACGACCCUUACGUACAUUUAACCAAUUAUUCGAUUAAUAGGCAUAAUAGCCAAUUUAGGAGAAGCAAAUAUGCUGGGGACAGCGUAGGCAACAAAAGGACAUUGCACUCUGUUCUUGAAACGCUAAAAAGUACCCACGGCGUCGAUACAAAGAAGAUAUGGAAACAAAUAACAUCAUUGAGUGAAGCUGCCAUAUCAAUUAUAUAUCCCAUCAUACAAAUCAAUGCGGAUGUUACGGACGCCUAUAGCUUCCAAAUCAUGGGACUGGAUAUGCUACUGGAUGAAUGUGGCAAGAUGUGGCUCUUGGAGGUAAACGCAAACCCGAGCUUACAAUAUAUGUACACAACAAAUGAUUCCACGAAGACAGAUUUUGUGGAUUAUCACAUUAAAGUGACAUUGGUGGAAGAGUGUUUGAAGUUAGUACAUAGAAUGCGAUGCGGAUACCCAUCCACAAAUGAAAUGACGAAGUGGAUUGAAUUAAAAAUUAGAAUACCACCCGAAAUAGGUGAAGUUACAGCGCUGUAUACAGAAUAUAGAAAGAAGUAUCAACAAGACGAUAUAGAAUGUGACGACUUGAUACGUUUCUUUAAACAUAACGGGUUAUUGACGCCAAUUAAAAAUGGAAUAAUGAAGCAAAACAACAGCGUUAGAUCGAUCGUUAAGCAUAGAUUCCAGGAUGUAAAGGAUGCCGUUAAAAAUUCAUUCCUUAGAAAUCACACACAAUACUCAGUUAAGGGGUUUCCCGAAUUUCUCAAAUGUAUUGAAGCCUUAGCAUCGUAUACUUUUUAUAAUGUUGGCAAUAGAUUCUCUAAAGAGAUGGUUGGCAAAAGUGAAAGGAAAUCUAAUAAUGACAUACGCAAAGAAUUAUACAAUCACCACAAGGCUACAGAAGCAUCGUGUCUAUGCUGGUUAAUGGACCACUUGCAAUUUUUCAAAGAUUUUAGAGAUUAAUAUGAGCAGUUAUAAAGUCAGUCAAGCGCC